UAAUUGUAACAAUUAGUGGAACAGGUUAACAAAGACAAUUAAAACUUUCUAUUUGAUUUAGUUAAUUGUGAUUGACUGAAAAAAUAAUAAUCAUCAUUCAAUUAAUGAUUUUAUUAAAUAAUUUCAUCAAAUUUUCAUCGUUAUUUAUAUUAAUAGUUAAUCAAUUGUUGCUUUUUAUGCAAUUAAGUGAUUCCAAUUCAAUUUAUUAUUAGGUUUUUGUGUUAAUUGUGAUAAUUAAAAUGCCAAAUAAAAAGUUUAACGGAUUAAAAUCUUCAAAUAAAACUGAAUCUAAGACGAGUCUUGAUACAAAUUCAACAUUUGAUAGUUACAGCGGUGGAGAAGAAUCAAAUUUAAUCAAAAAGAAACAUGGGAUGAGCACUUUGGUGGCUAUUUUGUUUAUCGCCGGUGAGAACGCAGGUUGUGGGGUCUUGGCUUUGCCCUUUUCCUUUGACCGCACGGGAUGGAGCGGACUUCCGUUGCUACUCAUGUGUUGGCUUGACGCUGGAAUCUGUGGCAUUCUGAUCGGUAAAUGUUGGCUCAUUCUCGAGGAGAGAUGGCCUAAGUUCCGACAGUCAUGUCGUAAUCCAUACGCGGCAAUCGGUCAAAUGGCUUAUGGCAAUAAGAUGAAGGUAAUUGUCUCGAUCUGUUUACAAGUUUCCCUUCUUGGAUCAGCUGUUGUGAUAUUGUUAAUUUGUGCCGAGUUAAUUGCUCAAUUUGUCGAUCAAUAUUUCCAUUUGCCAUUCGCUUUAUGGAUUUUAAUUGUUUCGAUUGUCCUAUUACCCUUUAUGAUGCUUGGAUCGCCAGGGGAAAUGUGGCCUGUGGCCGCUGGCGCCCUACUGACCAUUACAACGGCCAUUGUUUUAAUCAUGAUCGAUACGAGUAAAGAUUUCAUUGAAGCCGAUGGUAAACCAGCACCAACCACCCCACCCACCGUGUCCAGUGUCUCACUGGCCUUUGGUACUUUUAUUUUUGCCUUCGGAGGAACUGCCGUUUUCCCAAACUAUCAAAAUGACAUGAAAAACAAGUCCAAAUUUCCCAAGGCCGUUAUCAUUGGUUAUAUUAUGUUAAUUGUCCUCUAUAUUCCGAUCGCGGUCAUGGGAUAUCUGACCUAUGGUUCGAGCGUUAAAAACAAUAUAAUCUCAUCAAUUCCGAACGGAGUGAAAAAAGAUGCCGCCAUUUUGUUAUUAUCUGGACAUUUGUUUUUUGCAUUUCUAAUUGUUGCCAAUGGAGCAAUUCUGGAGAUUGAACAUCAACUGAAAGUACCAAAUCGAUUUGGAUGGAAACGUUUAAUUGUCAGGACAAUUACCUUAAUUGUUGUUGUUUUCAUCAGUGAAACUAUUCCUAAAUUUGGUAAAAUACUUGACCUAAUGGGAGGCUCAGCGAUCACCAUGUUGGCUUAUAUUUUACCUCCACUUUUUUACAUGAAACUUUGCUCAAUGAGAGACGAUAACAAUUCCUGGCCUGUUUGGAAGGUUUCAUUGAUCGAAAAAAUUUACUAUUAUAAGAUAACAAUCGUCGGUACAAUCGGCGGAAUCUCUUGUACAUUUUGGGCUCUAAAGGCGAUUCUCGCUCCCGAUGCUUUCUCACUGCCUUGUUACAUUGAUUUUAAUUGUUCCAAUGAAUAAUUAAUCAACAAUUAACAUCACAAUCAUCAUGUUAAUACUUAAUCAUUGAUUAAUUUAAUCGUAUAUCAUGUUACCUUAUUUUGUACUUACCAUUUACAUUGAUCGUUGUUUUUGUUUUUCCAAUUUGUUAUCGACUUGAUUGUAAAUCUCACAAUUAAAAGUUCAAUAUUCUGACAAUUUA